UCGCUUCCCCUGCGUGUUGCUGGUCGUCGCAACGGAUAGAUAAGCAUGACACCGCAGGCCACGCAGUGCGCGUGGACUCUUCUGCCGAGCGGCCUGCAACUGCAAUAGAGAUGCCGUCUGCGUGUGCGUCUGCGUCGGCAUCGGCGCCGGCGUCACCCCAGCGCUAUAAAUCCGUCACCUCGCCCCACCCACCCGCCGUGCCGUGCAGUGCAGUGCUCUCAAGUCUCAUCUGUGUACACAGUCUCUGUCUGUCAGUCAGUAGUUGAGUGAGUGAGUGAGGCAGCGGCGAGGAGGAUGGGGAAGGGAGCGCAAGGGAGCGACGCGGCGGUGGCGGCGGCGGCGGCGGCUGGGGCUGGCGAGGUGGAGGAGAACAUGGCGGCGUGGCUGGUGGCCAAGAACACCCUCAAGAUCAUGCCCUUCCAGCUCCCGCCCCUUGGCCCUCAUGAUGUCCGCGUGCGCAUGAAGGCAGUGGGGAUUUGCGGCAGCGAUGUGCACUACCUCAGGGAGAUGCGCAUCGCGCACUUCGUGGUGAAGGAGCCGAUGGUGAUCGGACACGAGUGCGCGGGCGUGAUCGAGGAGGUGGGCGCCGGCGUGACGCACCUCACCGUGGGUGACCGCGUGGCGCUGGAGCCCGGGGUGAGCUGCUGGCGCUGCCGCCACUGCAAGGGCGGGCGGUACAACCUGUGCCCGGACAUGAAGUUCUUCGCCACGCCGCCGUUCCACGGCUCGCUGGCGAACCAGGUGGUGCACCCUGGCGACCUGUGCUUCAAGCUCCCCGACGGCGUUUCCCUGGAGGAAGGCGCCAUGUGCGAGCCGCUGAGCGUGGGCGUGCACGCGUGCCGCCGCGCCGGUGUCGGGCCGGAGACGGGCGUCCUCGUCGUGGGCGCCGGACCCAUCGGGCUCGUCACCCUGCUGGCGGCGCGCGCGUUCGGCGCGCCGAAAGUGGUGAUCGUGGACGUGGACGACCACCGCCUGUCCGUCGCCACGUCCCUCGGCGCCGACGCGACGGUCAAGGUGUCGACCCGCGCCGAGGACCUGGAGUCGGAGGUGGAGCGGAUCCAGGCGGCGAUGGGGUCGGAGAUCGACGUGAGCCUGGACUGCGCCGGGUUCAGCAAGACCAUGUCGACGGCGCUGGAGGCGACGCGCCCCGGCGGGAAGGUGUGCCUCGUCGGGAUGGGGCACAACGAGAUGACGCUGCCGAUGACGUCGGCGGCGGCGCGGGAGGUGGACGUGGUGGGCGUGUUCAGGUACAAGGACACCUGGCCGCUCUGCAUCGACUUCCUGCGCACCGGGAAAGUGGACGUCAAGCCGCUCAUCACCCACCGCUUCGGCUUCUCGCAGCGCGACGUCGAGGAGGCCUUCGAGGUCAGCGCCCGCGGCCGCGACGCCAUCAAGGUCAUGUUCAACCUCUAGGCGGCUGGCUAGAGCUAGACCACCGCCGCCGCCUCGAUCUCUCGGUCCAGCCGGCCGGCUAGCCGCCGGCGCGUGAGUUGUGACCCUGCCCGGCUGCCCCCCCCCCCCCCACCCAGGCCCCAGCCCUGGAAUAAAAUGACGAGAAAAGAAAAACUUUAUGGUUCAAUGAAUGAAUGCAUGGGCAGUUUGCCGUGGUUUAAGAAUAAAUAACUUCAACUUUGUGUGUUC